UCAACCACCGCAAUACCAUCACGCGAUUACCACCACCAUCCAUUGGACACCACCACUAACGUCACUCCUCAAGUAAGACGCUUCAUUUCGGACACCUGUAACCCGCAAGCCACCUCUCUUUCGCGGACUUUCAAAGUAGUCGUCGACAAAGCGUGAAACAAUCAACAAUCAUCCUUAACAAGUUCAUUUUCAUUUCAACAAUGUUUGUGUUUUUUGAUUUUUUUCAACCAAGUGCUUUUUCGAUUGUUAAUUUGAGUUAAAUGUCCAGUUUGUAAGAUAGUUGAUUGUUCAAUUGGUGGAUAGAAGAAUGUGAAAUAAAGUUUAAAAAAUGCGUGUAUUAAAGUGUCUAGAGACAUCAAAAAGUGUGGUCCUGCUUGUAUUCUUUCUAUCAAUCGUCAUUCAGGAUGGCUCGUGCAUCAAGUGGCUGGCUCUAGGUAAAACAUCCGACGGUAAAAUUUGGACCAGAGAAGCUUGUACAAAUGCACGAAGCGCUGGCCUGCUGGAGAGAAAGCAAGCACGAGCAUGUAGAGCUACACCAGAUGUAAUGUCGAGUCUUGUUCAAGCGGCAAGGGAUACUUCUUCUGUUUGCCAACAAGCGUUCCGGAAUCGUCGGUGGAACUGCAGUAGCAUUGAACGUGCACCUCAUUACACACCAGAGCUGCUUUUAGGAACCAGGGAGCAAGCAUUUGUUUAUGCCAUGUCAGCCGCCGCUGCGGUUUGGAGACUUGCUCGUGGCUGUGCUUUAGGCAGUUUAGCCGCUUGUUCAUGUGCAACACCACCACGUAGAGAACCACCGUCACCGUCGGCACUCACGGCCUCUAAUUCUUUCAUCUCACGAUCCGUGUCUUUUGACGCCUUGUCCGCCAGAAAUUCAUUCAAAUGGGGCGGCUGUGGUGAUGACGUUCGGUCUGCUUCAAGAAUGGCCAAGAGGUUUCUUCAAGGUUCUAGUCCAUCUGGCUCCAGCUCAAUGAGUAAAUUCCUUCAUGCUGUUAAUAUGCACAAUAAUCGAGCUGGUCGAAGGGCAGUAGAACAAUCGCUGACAUUGGAGUGCAAAUGCCAUGGAGUAUCUGGAUCGUGCAGCGUCCGAACUUGCUGGAGAGGUCUGGACUCCAAAGGACCAGCAGCGGCGGGUGCACGGCUCUUUCGCAAGUAUGCAACUGCUGCUGAAGUAAAACCCAAGUCUGGAAGUCGUUUACCACCACUUUAUCAUCAUGAUAAUUUACUCUACACCACCAAGAGUCCUGACUACUGUUUACCAGACAAGAAGAGAGGCAGUUUAGGAACCAUUGGAAGGCAAUGUAACGGCAGUAGCUCUGGAUAUGAAGGCUGCGAAUAUCUUUGCUGUGGACGAGGACACACCACAAUGACACGUGAAGUACUAGAACGAUGCGAAUGCAAGUACAUUACUUGCUGUUACAGUGUAAAGUGUAAAACCUGUAGAAACAUCAUCACCACAUAUGAGUGCAAUUGAAAUUAUCGAUCUUCAGCAUUUGAUUCAAGUGAUAAUUAAUGGGACAUUUGUGAAGCUAAAGCUCAUCUAAAACAAUGAAAUUGACCAAGAUUUAAUAUCUUGUAGAGUUCAAGUGAUUAUUUGCUACAUAAUUGCAUUUACUACUAAUACCGUACUUGACCAAAUCGUUAUUUAUAUUAUUCUUAACAAUAUUUAUUAAUCCAGUAUUUCUCACUCUCACUCCAAGUCAUGUACUUAUGCGUAUAUUUAUAU